CUACGCCAACAUAUACGCCUUUGAAUUUUCUGGUAUUUGUUUUCUCUCCAGCAGCUCAAAAUGCCUCGUUCUAAGCGUGCGCGCGUCGUCCACGAGUCCAAGACCGUCAAGAAGGACCACAAGGAGCAGACUCGCCGUCUGUACGCCAACAUCCGGGAAUGCCUCGAGGAAUAUGAUCACCUGUUUCUCUUUUCGGUGGAUAACAUGCGAAACACCUAUUUGAAGGAUGUCCGCGCCGAGUUUGGGGACAGCCGUCUUUUCUUUGGCAAGACCAAGGUCAUGGCCGUCGCCCUCGGCACUACCCCAGAAAACGAAGCUGCCGAGAAUUUGCACCGUCUCUCCCCUUACCUGACCGGUGCCGUCGGUCUUCUCUUCACCUCUCGCUCCGCCGAGUCCGUUACCCAGUACUUCGAGAACUUCCGCCCCUCUGACUUUGCCCGUGCUGGCACCGUGGCUACCCGCUCUUUCACUCUCCCCAACGGCCUGGUCACUGCUCGCGGUGGCGAGAUCCCCGCCGACCAAGACGAGCCCGUUAGCCACACUAUCGAGCCUGCCAUGCGCAAAUUGGGCAUCCCCACUCGUCUGGUGAAGGGCAAGGUUAUGCUCGAGUUGACCAAUGGCCAGGAGGGCUUCCCCAUUUGCCGCAAGGGCGAGACGCUCGACUCCCGGCAAACUACCAUCUUGAAGAUGUUCGGUGUGACGUCUUCCGAGUUUAAGGUCGAUCUUAAGGCCCAAUGGACACGGGAGUCUGGUGAGAUCAAGAUCCUGGAGCAGAGUGGCAUGGACACUGAUGCUUAGAUGAAUGGAUCGUGUUGCUGUCUCUUUUGCCUCUGUUCGUCGACUUAUGUCUGGUCGAUGCAAAAAAAGAUUCUCUGAGGGCAUCUUACGGAGUUUGGGGUGGGCGCUUCUUUUUCAUUUCUUUUCAAAUAUGUUGAACAAUUUCAGUUCUUAUCCUCCCAUAUAUUGUCCUGGGAAGAGCAUGGGUUCUUCCGAUUGAUGUGCCUAUGAUGAUAGAUACCAGAUUGGAUAUUAAAAAAAGUCUUACUGCUCAA